AUGGCCGCAGCGCUCGCGUAUCGCGCCAUUCACGCCGCGUCGCCUCUUCGAUCGCCAACAAGCCUUGCGUGCCUCAAAGCCAGACCGCCAGUGCGCACCCGCGCCUCGAACCGCGCGUCUCCGGUGGUGCUCCUGCGUCCCCCCACAGAUGCUCCCCCUCUUCCACCCACCGACCCGCUCGCCCGCCCCUCCCCGAUCCCUUUUGAGUCGACUCAAAAGCAGUGGUUCAAGAUCGCGCUGUGCCAGCUGGCGGUGGGUGCUGACAAGGCGCGCAACAUCGAGAAUGCGAGGGACGUGAUUGGCCGCGCUGCGGACCAGGGCGCUAGGCUCGUGCUGCUGCCGGAAAUGUGGAACUGCCCUUAUUCCAACGACAAUUUCCCCACCUACGCGGAGGAGAUUUCCCUGGAAGAUUCCUUUGCCUCCUCACCCUCCGCUGCGAUGCUCGCUGACGUGGCGGGGCGGCAUGGCGUGACUAUAGUGGGGGGUUCCAUUCCCGAGAGGAGGGAGGGGCGGCUGUACAACACGUGCCUUGUGUUUGGCAGCAAGGGGGAGUUGAAGGCACUUUCUCCUCUUCUCCCUCUCACCCACCCACCCGCCUUUGAGAAUUCUCGAAAGCUGUCCCUCACCCACCCACCCGCCCUUCCCAUUCCCUCGAGUGUUUUUCGAGAAUUCUCAAAAAGCAUUCUUGCUUUCUCCUCUUGUCCCUCUUCUCCCUCUCACCCACCCACCGGCCUUAGAGAAUUCUCUAAAGCUGUCCCUCACUCACCCGCCCUUCCCAUACCUCCCCCGCCAAACCCCCCCUUUCCCCCCCUCCCCCGUCCCCCUGUCCCCUCCCCCGCUCCACUCCCCUGUGCCCCCUCCCCCUCACCGUCCUACCUGUCCCCCCAUCAGCUGCAUCUGUUUGACAUUGGCAUCCCGGGAAAGAUCACGUCUGUGUUCCCCUGUCUUCUUUCCCUCUGCUCCCCCUCCCCCUCACCGUCCUACCUGUCCCCCCAUCAGCUGCACCUGUUCGACAUUGACAUCCCUCUCACCGCCCUUUCUUCCCCUCUUGUCCCCUUACCCACCGCCUUUCUGCACCUGUUUGACAUAGACAUCUCCUUUAACCGCGUUCCCUUCCCCCCUUGUCCCCUUACCUGCCCCCAUCACCCUGCACCUCUACAUCUCUUUGACAUUGACAUCCCCUCGCUCCCCGUUUCCUUCCCCUCUCAGCUGCACCCCGUUCCCUUCCCCUCUUGUCCCCUUACCCCUCUCCCCCGUUGUCAGCUACAUCUCUUUGACAUUGACAUCCCAGGGAAGAUCACAUUCAAGGAGUCUGACACACUCACACGUGGCGAUCAGCCAUUGGUCGUUGACACAGUCUCCAAUUCUUCUUUGAUUCGUUCGAUUCGGUCCCAUAUUCCCCCUCCUUUGUUUCAUGACUUGGAUGACAUUCUGCUCAUUCAUGACUUGGAUGACAUUCUGCUCAUUCAUGACUUGUAUGGCAAUCUGCUCAUUCAUGACUUGGAUGGCAAUCUGCUCAUUCAUGACUUGGAUGACAUUCUGCUCAUUCAUGACUUGGAUGACAAUCUGCUCAUUCAUGACUUGGAUGACAUUCUGCUCAUUCAUGACUUGGAUGGCAAUCUGCUCAUUCAUGACUUGGAUGGCAAUCUGCUCAUUCAUGACUUGGAUGGCAAUCUGCUCAUUCAUGACUUGGAUGGCAAUCUGCUCAUUCAUGACUUGGAUGGCAAUCUGCUCAUUCAUGACUUGGAUGACAUUCUGCUCAUUCAUGACUUGGAUGGCAAUCUGCUCAUUCAUGACUUGGAUGACAUUCUGCUCAUUCAUGACUUGGAUGGCAAUCUGCUCAUUCAUGACUUGGAUGACAUUCUGCUCAUUCAUGACUUGGAUGGCAAUCUGCUCAUUCAUGACUUGGAUGGCAAUCUGCUCAUUCAUGACUUGGAUGGCAAUCUGCUCAUUCAUGACUUGGAUGGCAAUCUGCUCAUUCAUGACUUGGAUGGCAAUCUGCUCAUUCAUGACUUGGAUGGCAAUCUGCUCAUUCAUGACUUGGAUGGCAAUCUGCUCAUUCAUGACUUGGAUGGCAAUCUGCUCAUUCAUGACUUGGAUGGCAAUCUGCUCAUUCAUGACUUGGAUGGCAAUCUGCUCAUUCAUGACUUGGAUGACAUUCUGCUCAUUCAUGACUUGGAUGGCAAUCUGCUCAUUCAUGACUUGGAUGACAUUCUGCUCAUUCAUGACUUGGAUGGCAAUCUGCUCAUUCAUGACUUGGAUGGCAAUCUGCUCAUUCAUGACUUGGAUGGCAAUCUGCUCAUUCAUGACUUGGAUGGCAAUCUGCUCAUUCAUGACUUGGAUGGCAAUCUGCUCAUUCAUGACUUGGAUGGCAAUCUGCUCAUUCAUGACUUGGAUGGCAAUCUGCUCAUUCAUGACUUGGAUGGCAAUCUGCUCAUUCAUGACUUGGAUGGCAAUCUGCUCAUUCAUGACUUGGAUGACAUUCUGCUCAUUCAUGACUUGGAUGGCAAUCUGCUCAUUCAUGACUUGGAUGACAUUCUGCUCAUUCAUGACUUGGAUGGCAAUCUGCUCAUUCAUGACUUGGAUGGCAAUCUGCUCAUUCAUGACUUGGAUGGCAAUCUGCUCAUUCAUGACUUGGAUGGCAAUCUGCUCAUUCAUGACUUGGAUGGCAAUCUGCUCAUUCAUGACUUGGAUGGCAAUCUGCUCAUUCAUGACUUGGAUGGCAAUCUGCUCAUUCAUGACUUGGAUGGCAAUCUGCUCAUUCAUGACUUGGAUGACAUUCUGCUCAUUCAUGACUUGGAUGGCAAUCUGCUCAUUCAUGACUUGGAUGACAUUCUGCUCAUUCAUGACUUGGAUGGCAAUCUGCUCAUUCAUGACUUGGAUGACAUUCUGCUCAUUCAUGACUUGGAUGGCAAUCUGCUCAUUCAUGACUUGGAUGGCAAUCUGCUCAUUCAUGACUUGGAUGGCAAUCUGCUCAUUCAUGACUUGGAUGGCAAUCUGCUCAUUCAUGACUUGGAUGGCAAUCUGCUCAUUCAUGACUUGGAUGGCAAUCUGCUCAUUCAUGACUUGGAUGGCAAUCUGCUCAUUCAUGACUUGGAUGGCAAUCUGCUCAUUCAUGACUUGGAUGGCAAUCUGCUCAUUCAUGACUUGGAUGGCAAUCUGCUCAUUCAUGACUUGGAUGACAUUCUGCUCAUUCAUGACUUGGAUGGCAAUCUGCUCAUUCAUGACUUGGAUGACAUUCUGCUCAUUCAUGACUUGGAUGGCAAUCUGCUCAUUCAUGACUUGGAUGGCAAUCUGCUCAUUCAUGACUUGGAUGGCAAUCUGCUCAUUCAUGACUUGGAUGGCAAUCUGCUCAUUCAUGACUUGGAUGGCAAUCUGCUCAUUCAUGACUUGGAUGGCAAUCUGCUCAUUCAUGACUUGGAUGGCAAUCUGCUCAUUCAUGACUUGGAUGGCAAUCUGCUCAUUCAUGACUUGGAUGGCAAUCUGCUCAUUCAUGACUUGGAUGACAUUCUGCUCAUUCAUGACUUGGAUGGCAAUCUGCUCAUUCAUGACUUGGAUGACAUUCUGCUCAUUCAUGACUUGGAUGGCAAUCUGCUCAUUCAUGACUUGGAUGGCAAUCUGCUCAUUCAUGACUUGGAUGGCAAUCUGCUCAUUCAUGACUUGGAUGGCAAUCUGCUCAUUCAUGACUUGGAUGGCAAUCUGCUCAUUCAUGACUUGGAUGGCAAUCUGCUCAUUCAUGACUUGGAUGGCAAUCUGCUCAUACAUGACUUGGAUGGCAAUCUGCUCAUGCUUUUGCCCACACAUUCAAGCACCCCCUGCACGCAAGUGGUGCUCCCUCCUCUGUUCCCCUCUCUCUCCUCCAGACACGUGGCACGAGUGGCAGUGGGCAUAUGCUAUGACAUCCGCUUCCCUGAGCUCGCAAUGCUCUAUGCCACUCGAGGCGCACACCUCAUCUGCUAUCCAGGCGCGCAGCUCAUCUGCUACCCGGGUGCUUUCAACAUGACCACGGGACCCUUGCACUGGCAGCUGCUGCAGCAGGCCAGGUGGGGAGCGAUUGGUGGGCGGGCGGGUGGGUCUUAG